CAUAUGAUUGUAUGGAGCGAGAUUCCUAUAUUAGUCUAUCAUAUGAUGGUUGAGCAAGGUUAAAUGGGAUGGGAUUGGGGUGUGUGGUUAGCAAGGCCCAAAGCUAACCCAGCCACAUGGCAGAACGCGUGUUGCUCACUCCUUCACUACUCCAUUUCCCUUCGCAACCCCCUCCUACCAAAAUGGCCGCCAUCGCCGCCGCUUCUCGCAUCAUCCCCUCCGCCGCCUCACUCUCUUCUUAUUCCUCUUCUCUUUCCUGCUUUGCUUCUCGCUCCCCGCUCAAAUGCCUCCACCUUCGAUCCUCUCAUCGCGUUUCUCGCCUCUUCGUCAAUCAGCGACGACCUGAAGUUCGGGUUUCGAGUUCGGGAUACGGAACGGUGUCUGCUUCCAAGUCCUUCGCCUCCGAUCCUGAUCAGUUGAAGAGUGCUAGAGAAGAUAUCAAGGAGCUUCUCAAGGCCAAGUUCUGCCAUCCGAUUCUGAUUCGCUUGGGAUGGCAUGAUGCUGGUACUUACAAUAAGAAUAUUGAGGAAUGGCCAUGGAGAGGUGGUGCUAAUGGUAGUUUAAGAUUUGAAGUUGAGCUGAAACAUGCAGCCAAUGCUGGACUUGUGAAUGCAUUGAAGCUUCUCCAGCCCAUCAAAGACAAAUACUCUCAUGUGACAUAUGCAGACUUAUUUCAGUUGGCUGGUGCUACUGCUGUUGAGGAAGCUGGAGGCCCAAAAAUUCCAAUGAGAUAUGGAAGGGUGGACGUCUCUGCACCUGAACAAUGCCCUGAAGAAGGGAGACUUCCUGAUGCUGGCCCUCCUUCACCAGCUGACCAUUUGCGUCAGGUUUUCUACCGAAUGGGAUUAAAUGACAAGGAAAUUGUUGCAUUAUCUGGUGCGCACACACUGGGAAGGUCUAGACCGGAUCGUAGUGGCUGGGGCAAGCCUGAGACUAAGUAUACAAAAGAUGGGCCUGGAGCACCUGGAGGACAAUCCUGGACAGCCCAAUGGCUGAAAUUUGAUAACUCAUACUUCAAGGACAUCAAAGAAAAAAGGGAUGAAGAUCUAUUGGUACUUCCAACUGAUGCUGCUCUUUUUGAGGAUCCAUCCUUCAAGGUUUAUGCGGAGAAAUAUGCUGAAGACCAGGAAGCAUUCUUCAAUGAUUAUGCUCAAGCCCAUGCCAAACUAAGCAAUCUUGGAGCCAAAUUUGACCCUCCGGAGGGCAUUGUGAUAGAUGGUUCUCCAAAACCACAAGGGGAGAAGUUUGAAGCAGCCAAGUACUCCUCCGGAAAGAAAGAGCUAUCAGAGGCUAUGAAGCAGAAGAUUCGUGCCGAAUAUGAGGCAGUUAGUGGAAGCCCAGAUAAGCCUUUAAAAUCAAACUAUUUUCUUAAUAUCAUGAUUCUCAUUGCUGUUUUGGCUUUUUUGACAUAUCUCUUUGGAAAUUAGUUUUUGGAUUAAUUUGUUUUUAUGAGCUUCUUUAUAUGCACACACAUAUAAUUGCACUGGCAAAAGCUUAUCCACUCAUUGGUAUGGUAUGCUCGCAUUAGGGGUGGACAUGGUGUGGUUCUGGUCUAUAUAUAUUGGAUUAUACAAAAAAUACAAUCUCAUAUUGGAUUAAACAAAAAAACGGAGUACAAUUCUUCUCCAAAAUUACAUAUUGAAAUACUACAAAAAAAAUUCAGAAUUAGUGGUGACAACUAUUUUGUUUUAUCAAAUGAUUGCCGAAAAAAGAGAGAAAGCGAAUGAAGUUUGAUUAUGUGA